CUGGACGAGGAGGCGCGCACACACACACACACCAGCCAGGACGUCCGACAGUCAAAUCAGAGGGCAGCCAUUCUGGGAUUUAAACUUCAAACCUUUUUCAGCUGCUUGGUUGUUUGUUUGUUGUGGUGGCUGGUUUCUUCUUUUUUUCCCCUUUUUUUUGUGAAUUCUACAAGCUCUUUAAAACCUCAGGGUUUUGAGUGUUGUUUUUCAAUCAAUUUUCCCUUUUUCUAUUUGUCAUCAUUGUUCUUUUUGCGGGACUUGUUUGCGUGGUUUUUAUCUUAUGACGUGGUUCUCCUCUGAAGUGCCUCACUUUAGAUUUAGACACGUAAGAACUUUCAAGCGCAGGAAGAGACAGCCGUCCACUUUGUUGUCUCCUUUAAGGACACUUCACGCGCUGCCCGAGAGGUCUGGCUCUUGCUGGAAUGAAUAUAUCGGAGUCCAGUUACUGUCGAGAGGCCACUUCCCUGCCGCAUCGGGCCGAGCGCUCGUGGGUGGCGGCCCACAGCCCUGGCGCUGAGCGCGGGCAGGCCUUCGACCGCAGCCUGACCACCGAGCUGGGGCCCCCGCCGGGGGCGUCCGCGGGGGCAAGCGAGGGCAGAACGGGCAGCCCGGACUCGACGCGACCCGGCGGGCCCACCGGAGAGGGCAAGGCCUUGGCCACCUCCUCCUCCUCAGUGGCAGCAGCAGCGGCAGCAGGGGCCGAGUCCCGCAUCCGCCGGCCCAUGAACGCCUUCAUGGUGUGGGCCAAGGACGAGCGCAAGCGGCUGGCCCUCCAGAACCCCGACCUGCACAACGCCGUGCUCAGCAAGAUGCUGGGCCAGUCGUGGAAGGCCCUGAGCACGCUGGACAAGCGUCCGUUCGUGGAGGAGGCCGAGCGGCUGCGUCUGCAGCACAUGCAGGACCACCCCAACUACAAGUACCGGCCGCGCCGCAAGAAGCAGGCCAAGAAGAUGAAGCGCGUGGAGCCCGGCCUGCUGCUGCACGGCCUGGGCCCCGGCAUGGGGGGAGGGCCCGUGGGUGGAGACGGAGGCUACCCCCACCCCCACCACCACCACCACCACCACCACCACCUGCUGGGCGGCUUCCGGGAGUCGGCGUCGGAGCUGGAGAGCUACGGGCUGCCCACGCCCGAGAUGUCGCCGCUGGACGUGCUGGAGGAAGGUGGCGGGGGCGACGUCAGCGUCUUCUUCCCGCCGCACAUGCAGGAGGACGGGGGAGGAGGCACGCUGGCGCCGUGGGUCAACUACCACCACCAGCACCAGCACCAGCACGCCCACCCGCACCACGGCCAGGGCCCGCACGGCCCCCACCACCACCACAGCCACAACCCCCACGCCAUGAGCCACGUGCACCCCCACCCCCACCCGCACCAGCACUCCCACCCUCACCUCGGCCAGAAGUCCCCCUUGGCCUGCCGCCCGGUCCAGGAGAAGUGUCUGCCCCAGGAGCCCACGAACGCUCACUCCCUCCCCCACAACCACCCCCACUACCCGCAGGCCUCCCUGUCCGAACCUGCCAAAGCCCCCCUGGGCGCCUCGUCCACGGCUGGAUACUACAGUCAGCUGUACGGCAACACGCCCCAGACGGCCUUCCCCUCGCACCUGGGCCAGCUCUCCCCGCCCCCCGAGACCCCCACGGCAGCCUCGGCUCCCCCCGCUCCGCCCCCGGCCGGGCUGGACUCUGUGGACCAGCUGGGUCCCUCCUCGGAGUUCUGGAGCGAGGUGGACCGCCACGAGUUUGACCAGUACCUGAGCGCCAGCCGGACUCGUCUGGAGGCGGGGGCGUACGGGGUGCCCCUGUCCAAGCCCGGCGGGCGCCACUCCUCCUGUGAGGACAGCAGCCCUCUCAUCUCUGCCCUGUCGGAUGCCAGCAGCGCCGUUUACUACAGCACCUGCAUCACUGGAUAAACGCGCACACACACACACACACACACACACACACUUACACACACACACACACACACACACAUGCACACUCCCUCUUUUUUACUCUUACUCUUUCAUCUUUCUCACUUUCUUUUCCACACCAACUGCUAAAACCACUACAGUGCCUUGGUCACUGCUCCGCUCCUUCGCUACUUCACAACGUCCACCCCCAACCCCUCCUCUAUUUCACUGGCUCAGGUAAAAUCUGCUACUACCCCGGCAGGCAGCCUUCUAGUAGGCCAUACAGUACAUCUAUGUAGUCCCAUUCCUCCGGCUGUAAUCUCUUUUUUCUUCCCAGUCCCUUUUUUAACCUCAAAAGUAAAUUCUGUUUUUUUGUUUCACCAAAGGGAGCCCACAGUUGUUAAAACUUCUGUCUAAAAGUUCUGGGUGGACUGGAAAGUUACAGUGGAGAAGGUCUUCCAAGUCCCUGGCUAGAUUUUGGUAGCCCUGCUCUAUAAUCUACUUCAGGUUACUGUAGGCCUCAAGUGCCUCUUUAAGUCCUGUAAAUCAGUGUGCGAGUUCUACGGUUGUCCAGUGGCAGAUAAGAGAAAAUGUGAAUAUCUCCAACCAUAUUUUUUUUUCUCCUCAGAUGUUUUCUAUGUGCCAUAUUGUUUGUUUGUUUGUUUGUUUGUUUGUUUAUGACUUUUUCUAAAAUGACUUCAAUGUAUUUAAAUUUGCACUGGGUAGCCCCAAUAGCAAACCUGUCUGAAAUGUAUGUGAAACCACUGUUUAAUACACUUUGAGGAUUUUUUCUUAAAAAAAAAAAAAAGAAACUUUUUUUUCUUUUUUAAUGCUCCAUCGAGGAGGCCUUCGGAUCAUCUCAAUUCCCUCAUCUCAUGUGUGUUUACCAAUGAUGAUAUAUGUCUGUUUAGAUGAGGUUAAGUAAAUGUUUGUCCAUGUUUGUCAAGGAAUGUAAAUUAUUUCUUGUUUUGUCAUAAAGUCUCCCAUGGCUUCGAUUUGGACUUGAGCGUCGGUUUUGUUUGUACAUGAAGCAUAUUUCUGAAGUCCCGAAGUCAGCUCUUGAGACAUAUGUCAGGACUGGUAAUAACUCCGGAGCUUUUGGUAAUAAUUAUCUUCAAAUAAAAGAGUUUGCAAUAAAAAAAAAUGUCUCAAGAGCUAUUAAAUCAAAACAAUUAAAUUGAAAACACACAAUUGUAAAUAGGAUUUCAUCGAAAUACUUUCCCACACCACAGAUUGCAUGUGUAGGUUUUUUUUUCUCUCUCUAAAUGUUAUAUCUGUAAAUAUCUAUUAUUUUGUAAUGGAUGGGAGCAUUUGUACAUGAUGUGCUUUUUUUGAGUAUUUGAUAAAAUAAAGUAAUUUUUAACUUUAA